AUGAGCUUGCCGUGUAAUAAAACGUCAUGGUUGACAGAUGUGUCGAAAUCGGACGAAGCGGGUUCGAAAAGCUCGUACGGCCGCGUAAUAUCGUACGGUCGCGUAUGGACGUCGUUGUCGCGGCGUCUGUCAAAACGGCGAACACCACGGCGGAUCGCACUGCGUACAACGACGGGCGAGCGGUCAAACGGCGAAUACCACGCGGGGACCACGGCGGAUCGCACUGCGUGCAACGACGGGCGGGCGAAAAACGGCGGUUAUUAUUUUGGCGCAGACGGCCGCAAAAUAAUGAAGUUCGUGUGUGUGCAGAACGACACAACACGAAACGGACACAACACUGUCCGGGCGGUGCUUUUGGCGCAAACGGCCGCAAGGUAUGAAAUUCGUGUGUGUGCAGAACGACACAACACGAAACGAACACGACACUGUCCGGGCGGUGCCUUUGGCGCAAACGGCCGCAAGGUAUGA